GGCUCCAAGAAGCUUACCUACAAACUAUGCGUUGAAGUCAUUGUCUCAUCCACUUUGGUCAUUAUAUUUAUUUCAAUUUGAAGUUUUGAAGUCCUUAUUUAUAUCACUGGUGGUACUCAUUAUUUUUUUGUUUUAGAUGGGGGAAGAUGGCUACGGAUCAGUGUCUUCAUAUUCAUCCAAGUUAUAUGGAGGGUAAGUGUAUCAAGUUUAUAAUAUCUGGUUUUGAAGUUUGUAUCUCUUGUCUCUUGUCUUCCAGUCAUAUACCGCUCUUCUACGUAGGUUGCCACCCCCUUCAACACUUGAGAUGCUCAUUCCUGCCAGUGCAGCAGGUAAGGUGAUCGGCAAAGGAGGGGCAAAUAUUGCUAACAUUCGGAAGAUAUCAGGAGCAAUGAUAGAGAUUCCCGAGUCCAAAUCUUCCCGGGGUGAUCGUAUUGCUCAUAUUUCUGGCACAGCUGAACAGAAGCGGACAGCAGAGAACUUGAUCCAGGCAUUUAUAAUGGCCCCUUAAGUUUUCAGGUGCACCUUGCCGGUUUAAAGGUGAAUAGUAAGAAUCUUGGAAUUUUCUAUCAUGUUUCCUCUGUAGACCUUUAGGUUUGGUUCUGGAGAAGACUUCUUUUCUGAACUUAUCCAACGUGGUUCUUCCUGUUCUCCCACUUUAAGUGGGUAUCGAGACUACUAGAGGAUUCACCGCAGGGUUCAUGCCUUCCAUCUUUGCCGCCAAAUCUAUUCUUAAUCUACAAUGUUAGGUUCUUUCUUUCCUGUCAUAUCUCUUCAGCUGUCUUAUCUUUCACAAAGAUAGAGUUGAUCUUAUUUUCAGUACUAUCAAGCUCAAUAAUUUUAUGUUCAUGCCGGAAACUUAUUCAAUGAUGACCGUAAUUGUCAAUCUUAUAAUAAUGUAUUUUAUUUCCCUGGCCAUUCAACUCUUUCUCUUAGCUUCUUGCUAGAAGCAUCUUCUCAAUCAACAGUGCACGUGAAAUGCAGUUGGUAAUUCCAUGUUCUCCUCUAUUUACAUGCACAUUGCAGCUUAAGCGGAUAGGAAUCACUCUUCAAUUAGAUAAUCUACAGCAAAUAUUUUGCGUCUUUAUUCUCUUCCUUCUGUGUUCAUCUUGGGCAUGUGAAACAACAUUGCAAAAUCAACUCUCUGAAUCUCUAUUAUUAGAUCCUAGAUGAUUUCUUUACUCUUAUCGGCCAUCCUUAACAUUGAGUCUGCCCUGCACUUCGAUGGGAAAUUUGUAUAGUGACAUCAUGACGUUCUCCUUGAUAGGUUGAAUGAAACUUCUUAUUCACAACUAUAUCUUUCCAACCGCGUUGCAUCCUCCAGAUAGUGAGGACAUUGAGUAGCUGUAGGAUUUUGUGUUUUCCUUCUUUCAAUCCAUGAAUGAGCCACUGUGGUUCUUGAACAGCUUAGUUCCUGUUUAUCACUGCAACUAAGCUUGAUAUUCAAUAUUAUUGAUAUUGAAUAAUUAGAGACCAGAACAUCAAUGAUAACAGAGCAUUCAUUCAAUCAAGUUAUUCCAUCUUAAAUCAAACUACUUGAGUAUUUCCGAUCUAGUUCUGGUUGGUCUGCUUGUUUAUCAUAUUGUUGUCUGCAAAAUCUUAUUGCAGUUAACAAUGAUUCUUCCUUCGAUUUUAAAAACAACGAUUCUUCCUUAGAAGCAACAUAUGCUGGAUUCAUCACCAGAUCAUUAUGGGAGGCGUGUGUUAGAUAUGUUGCCCAGGAAUGUAGAUUUGUAGAUAGGUUCCUUUGCGUUAGCUAUGUGAGGGUGCAUCAGGAAAUACCACUUGGAACCAAUGUCUUUUCCUUCAUAUCAAUCACGAUACAAAUUCAUUAUGAUCUCAUUUAGGUUCAUUGACAAUAAUGACUUAAUGAUAUAUGAACACACCUCUUGAAAUUCUUUCUUUCCUUCUUAUCAAUCACAAUGAAAGGCUCAUAUGGGUGCGACUUCAUUAUGAUUACAGCUAUAAGCUUGUGGAGCUGUGUACUGAGUACCAUCUAUUCUAGAGUUUACUUCAGCUUGAUUUCCGGUCUAAGAGUUUGUUGUGUCUCACUUGCUCUUCACUCUUGGUCCUUUUUAUUAGGAUAUUAGUCUAGAUUUUUGUUAAGUACAAGUCAUAGUGCAAGUGUAGUUUCCAGAAAAUUAGGUGUUUCCCUGUUUGUGGGGGGUUGUGUUGCGUCUGUGGUAUACAGUUCUGGCUGCAUUUUACUGGCUAUUGAUUGCUUGGUACCAGAACUGAUAUGUGAUGCUUGGACACUACAACCAUCAGAAGGGUUGAAUUGUUUCAUCUGGGAACAGGAGGGCAGAAGGAUUGGGGUUUUGGAAGGCUAUGCAAAUAUGUGUUGAUCACUGAGCAAUAUUUUCUGUGUUGUAAACUAUUUUGUAAGUUUAUUAGUUAAUCAGAGGUAUAGAAUAUAUGCUCAACUUGACCCCAGUGCUUGUUUGAGA